AUGGUAGAACUUGUGAAAAUCAGACAUCGAAAUUUGAUAAUAUACGGAGGAGCAUGCUUAACGUCUCCAAACGUCUGUCUUUUUCUGGAGGUCGCCGACAAAGGAAGUUUAAAUGAUAUUCUUCUUAAUGAUUCAAUUGACCUUGGCUGGGAGUUUAAAUUCUCAUUUAUGAAAGACAUCUGCUCGGGAAUGAGAUUUCUACACGAGAAAACGUCUAUUGGGUCACAUGGCCGGUUAAAAUCACACAACUGUUUAAUUGAUAGUCGAUGGACAGUUCGUAUAUCUGGGUUCGGUGCCCAUACCAUUCGAUUUGGGCGUUUCCGCUUGCCAGGUGAAUUAAAAGAAGAUAUAAAACAACUGUUCUGGACACCACCUGAAUUGCUUGAGAACGUAACUUCACUUGAUGAUGUGAAAUACGGCACAGUAAGUGGUGACUCAUAUUCCUUUUCCAUCGUUGUUACCGAAAUUAUUACUCGAGCCGAACCUUAUGAUUACGAACUGGAAUUUAUUAGUGAUAAGGCCAUUUUGGAUAUGAUAACUGACACCGAUACUCGUGAAAGAAAAGAAGCUACUAAAAUAUGGGAAGAAAUAGGGGGAUCUGACAUGUUUGUAUGCCGACCUAUCAUCAAAGACGAAUAUCUACCGGAAUCUGGUCUUCAAAAGAAACAGUUUUUGAAAAUGCUUGAUGAUACUUGGAAUGAAAGCCCGUCAGGAAGACCAACAUUCGAAAGAAUAGGAAGUAACUUGAAUCAAAUCCACCCUGUUAAAGGAGAACUGAUCGAUAAUCUCAUCAAUCUCCUGGAAUCAUACUCAACAAAUUUGGAAAUGAUCGUUGUCGAACGGACAAGGGAACUUGAAGUAAACAAAGCAAGAGCUGAGCAACUUCUGAGUCAGAUGUUGCCAAGAAAAGUGACUGCAGAACUCAAACACGGACGAAAGGUCCCACCAGAAAUCUUUCCAACAGCAACCGUUUUCUUCAGUGAUAUUGUCGACUUUGCUUCUAUUUGUCAAGAGAGUUCACCUUUCCAAAUUGUCGACUUUUUAAACGAGACUUAUAAUGCAUUUGAUGAAGUGCUAGACACAUACGACGUAUACAAAGUGGAAACUAUAAGUGAUUCUUAUAUGGUAGUGAGCGGAGUUCCUGAAAGAAAUGGUUUACAGCAUGCCUCGGAAAUUGCAACCAUGGCUCUAAAUUUGAUGUCCACAGUUACUACAUUUCAGAUACCACAUAAACCAAAAGCAACAUUGCAGCUGAGAGUUGGCAUCAACUCUGGACCUGUAGUUGCUGGUGUUGUGGGAAUGUUAAUGCCGAGAUAUUGUUUGUUCGGUGAUACUGUGAACACAGCAUCACGAAUGGAGUCCAGCUCGCAAGCGUUGCGUAUUCAACUCAGUGAGUCUACUGCUGAGAUUCUAGAUGAACUGGGCGGAUUUCAUAUGGAAUCCCGUGGAAAGCGAGAAGUGAAAGGGCGAGGUUUGAUGAGUACUUAUUGGCUAUGGGGUAAGGACAAUUUUGAUAUGCCAUUGCCUGAUCAAUCAUUGGCACUUUCUCUAUCCCAACACAAGUUUAAAUAA